GAACGCUGGGCUCCAGUCUGUCUUUGCUCCUUGUUUGGGAAGCAAGUGGGAGGGGAGCAGGCUAAGGGGCCAUAUAACCCUGCUGCCUCCUGCUUCCUGGACACCACCCACCCAGGGAGGAGAAGCCCAGGCAAGCACCAUCAGGAACCCCGUGAAGCAGCGCCAGCUAUGUGCGAAGAAGAGGACAGCACUGCCCUGGUGUGUGACAAUGGCUCUGGGCUGUGCAAGGCUGGCUUUGCGGGGGACGACGCCCCCAGGGCUGUGUUCCCAUCCAUCGUGGGACGCCCCAGGCACCAGGGGGUGAUGGUGGGAAUGGGACAAAAGGACAGCUACGUGGGUGACGAAGCACAGAGCAAAAGGGGAAUCCUGACCCUGAAGUACCCGAUAGAGCACGGCAUCAUCACGAACUGGGACGACAUGGAGAAGAUCUGGCACCAUUCCUUCUACAAUGAACUCCGCGUGGCCCCCGAGGAGCAUCCAACCCUGCUCACUGAAGCACCCCUAAACCCCAAGGCCAAUCGGGAGAAAAUGACCCAGAUUAUGUUUGAGACCUUCAAUGUCCCGGCCAUGUACGUGGCUAUCCAGGCGGUGCUGUCCCUCUAUGCCUCUGGACGCACAACUGGCAUCGUGCUGGACUCUGGCGAUGGUGUUACCCACAAUGUGCCCAUCUAUGAGGGCUAUGCCCUUCCCCACGCCAUCAUGCGUCUGGACCUGGCUGGCCGAGAUCUCACUGACUACCUCAUGAAGAUCCUGACCGAGCGAGGCUAUUCCUUCGUGACCACUGCCGAACGCGAGAUUGUGCGCGACAUCAAGGAGAAGUUGUGCUACGUAGCUCUUGACUUUGAGAACGAGAUGGCCACGGCUGCAUCCUCCUCCUCCCUGGAGAAGAGCUAUGAGCUGCCCGAUGGGCAGGUGAUCACCAUUGGGAACGAACGCUUCCGCUGCCCGGAGACCCUCUUCCAGCCCUCCUUCAUUGGGAUGGAAUCUGCUGGCAUCCACGAAACCACCUACAACAGCAUCAUGAAGUGCGAUAUUGACAUCAGGAAGGACCUCUAUGCUAACAAUGUCCUCUCAGGGGGCACCACCAUGUACCCGGGCAUUGCCGAUCGGAUGCAGAAGGAGAUUACUGCCCUGGCUCCCAGCACCAUGAAGAUCAAGAUCAUCGCCCCUCCAGAGCGCAAGUACUCGGUGUGGAUCGGCGGCUCCAUCCUGGCCUCGCUGUCCACCUUCCAGCAGAUGUGGAUCAGCAAGCAAGAGUACGACGAGGCUGGGCCCUCCAUCGUGCACCGCAAAUGCUUCUAAAUCACCCUUGCUGUGUGCGUCUCUAGCACACAACUGUGAAUGUUUCGUGGAGUAACGGCUUCAAUUUCUUUCCAAACCAUUCCUAAGCAAAGCUCUGAUUCGUUACCUAUGUUUUUUUAAAAAUAAAUCCGAAAUAUUCGACCCCUAA